UGAACACUAGAUGGUGCAAAAGACAAGCACAAAGAGUCCUCCAACCGCUUGCUUUAAACGAACAAGAGUUUUCAACCAAUCACAAUGACGCUCAGGAAAUGUAAACACUCCCCCGGAAGUUACGUUUACCGACUGCGGCAAUAACGAAGCGUUAAAGUAUUUAGAUCUCAAAAGUCGUGCAGUCAUGUGGCCUGUACUUUGGACAGCCAUGCGAACCUACUCUGUGUACCUCACCUUCCCCGUGGCCUUUGUGGUGGGAGCGGUGGGCUACCACCUGGAGUGGUUCAUCAGGGGGACGCCCAAACCUCACGAAGAAGAGAAGAGCAUUCUCGAACUGAGGGAGGAGAGGAAACUGCUGGAACAAGCCGGGAUGGACGGCACACAGGUGCUCAGCCUGAAAGACAAACUGGAGUUCACGCCCAAAGCAGCUCUAAACAGGAACCGACCAGAAAAGAGCUAACACCUUCGUCAAAUACAGACAUUACGUCCAACAUCCUGAGCGGACAAUAGGUGGUGCCUGCUUACUGGAAUGGCAUCCUCCUCAUAAACACAUAGACUUUCACCUAUCCAGGAAGACAGGUACACACAUAAACUGGAGAUAAACAGUAAGAACAAGUCAUUCAUCCACUCAUGUUUUUGCCUUUGUUGGGUAUUCCAACAUUGCUCAAAAAACAAUGUGACGUUGUUGUCACUCCAAUUUACUAGUCUUGUCACACAUUUAAUUUCAAUGGAGCCUGCAAUAUAGGUCUAACCACAAGGGAGCACUAUGUAAAGCGGUAAUGCAAUGCAUUAUAGGAUAUUUAUUGUCAAAAUUUCCUUUUUUGCAUUACAAAUAGAGAAGUAAAAGUUCA